AUGCCAUUGAGCAAAGCAAGGCCGUCACCACGGCCGUCUGCCACGAGCAGCUUCAGCGAUAUUGCAAACAAGUCGGAAGCCAGAAAAGACAGGUUCAGGUUGAAGUCAGAUGAGGAUGAGGAGAAUACGUAUGGGAGAAAUCGACAACAUGGACGACAGCGAACCACGAGCGUUAUCCCAGGCAAAUCCGAUACCGAUACCGAGAACCAAAACCAGAACCAGAAAGAGGACGAGGACGAAGCCGUAAACGAAUCUGGCGCCAUAGAUGCAGUUGCACCCACAUCCGCAUCGACUGGGGGUCGCUUUAUGCGGCCGGAUUUUCUGAUUCAAGGUCUCCUUGCUCGAGCCAAGAAUCGUGUAAGGGAGCGCAGUGGGAGAGGAGAAAAGGACGAUGAAAAUCUGCAACAGGAAAAGAAACAGAAACAGAAACAGAGUGUCACCACCGCCCUUUCUCCUAGUAAUAGGAAGUCGUUCUCCCCGCAUUCUCCUCCGCCACGCGCCGCUCCCCCCGACCGAGGCUUCCGCCCAACCCCACCUGCAACUUGUAGCUCUACGGGGAUAUUCCAGGGGACCAAGACUAAGACAAGAACUAAUACUAAGACGCCUGCACCUGUGCCUAUAACUACGCCUUCAUCGUCACAGUCGCCGUCACACCUACCACGGUCUCUGAUUUCCCCGCGUUCGCCUCCGGAUCAGAACAAGCCGCUUCCUCCUCCUCCACCGACUCCGGGUUCCUUGUCCGACAAGGAAAAUGCUACUUCUCCCCCGCCCAAGCCCGUCUUGAAGCUGAACCGAAUCAUGUCUACUCUUACCGAGUCUGAGAUCGAGAAGCUCUUCUCGGGUGCCCCUCAGUACUUUGCUCGUAGCGAGGGGCAUUGUUCUGGUGCUCCCAAUCCUAGCGUCGCAUUUCCCUUUGACGAGGCAUUGGAGAUCCGCGACCUCACUGACCAUGUACAAAUCGAAGACCGAGCAUGGAGUGGUCUCACAGCAUGGCCUCACCUAACCAGGGACCUUAAUCAGGAUGCUGCUGCCCGGGCUCAGGCUGUCGACUCUCGCAAGGCCCACUUCUUCAUCCGCUGUCGGGAACGUCCCAACAUGCUGAGUAUGCAGGGCCUGGAGAAAGGUACUAUGGGCUUCUCAGCUGCCCUUGAGCUCGCCGUGGGUGAUGCUCUCGAGGAGGAGCAGUUCGGCUUCGAUAGUCUGGGCAAAAAGGCCCAUGCCAUUGUCGAGGCACGUGAGCGUAUGCUUUCCUCACUGGGUUAUUUGCGUCGCCUGCCCGAGACAGAACUGAUGGACCGUCUCAAGCGAAACGCAGAGCUGUAUCGAGUCAAUGACCUUCGCAAGAAAACCUCUGUCCAGACUUACCAGGAUCUCUUUCAUUCAUUCAUGCGGCCAUGCAACUCCGUCGUCGAUAAGCGCGACCACUACAGCUUAACCAACCAGAUCAAUGCCCUGAUCAAGUGUCUCGGCACCGCCAACGUGUGGUUUGACUUCACUCAUGUUGAGUGGAGGAUCAGAUUGGGGCAAAUCCUGUGGGGAAGCGAAGACAAUGAUGAACUGGAAGAUACUUCGUCGAUCCACGAUGCCACCAGUGCAGGUGAGCGGGCUGAGGAGAAGUAUUGGCUCCUCAUGCAAAUUCUUGUUGCUACUGAACUUCUCAUCCGACUAGAUGCUAUAACUGAGGGCGAGGAAUAUGGAGUUGAAGCUUUUCGGCCUGUUGAUGUAGUGCAUUUUGAGAGAGCAGCUACUCCGAUGGUUAAAUGGUCGCUGCAUCUUGCACGAAGCUGGCUGGACAAUAUCGAAAUUGAAAAGGUUCAGGAGCAACCUCCAAGCGAUUCCAAGACAAUAGAACCAUCUACGCCUCCUCCGGCAACAGGCUGGCUUGGGUCGCUCUUCAGCAAAUUUACCUUCCGUCAGCACCAUGAUGACAAAACGAUGGCCAGCUAUAGCUAUACUAUCAAAGGUCGCAAUCCACAACAGCAAGUGGACGGGCUCACUCAUUUCGCCAAGAAGUUACUUUGGCCCGGCAUUGACACGUACGAGGGUCUUAUAGCGAACAAUGCACGACAAUCGAUCAUUAAUUCGGUGCCAAGUCCUUCUCCUACAGUUGCUUCUGGAAAAACACCCAAGACGCCUUCUGAAACUAAUGGAUCGAAGCGAUCGUUGUACUUCGGGUCGGAUGACCACAAGGACAAGUCGCGACCACAACGACGAAAGCUUUCUGCAGCACUUCAUCCUUCCGGCUGGCUUUCGAAGUCAUAUAUAUACGGUUUGAUGCUUCCAGGGGACGGGUUAUGUCAUUUCUUGAUGGCUACACUGCUGGAGAAUGAUAGCAAAGCCAUGGGUCGCCUGGGACCCUUCGCUAACUUGUGCGGAGGGUUUGUGUAUUCCGGCAAAAGCUUCUGGAGCACAUCAUGUAUUGUGGGCCGAGUCAUUGCGGCAGGUCAAGGUUCUGCCGAGUGUAUGGGAUGGGUCUCCAGUGAUAUCCUUCCUCUCGGUAUCAAUGAAGGCUGGGUCAAUAUUGAAGUUGAGGACGUGGCUGAAGAUAUGGCUCAUUUGGGCAAGAAAGCCAGACUCUGGGCAAAGAAGCGAGUUGAGCGUGAAUCCUCCAUUCUUGGAGACGCCGACGAAUACUCUUGCUUCCCUGCAGACUUCAUCAUCCCUCACGAAAAUAGCUACUCGACACCACCUCCGCUGAUUGGUGUUACUCUCCGAUCACUGGAACUUGUGCCAUCCGAGUCUUCAAAGACAAAUUCGGGAAGGGAAAUCAACAAGGAACCUGAAUUACUGUCGCGACCAGCAACUGUCAAUUUCGCUGUAGCGAUUGAUGGAUUCACAGCUGAGCAUUUCUCAUUCUCUCUAGCCUACGAUAUCAGUUUUGUAACGGCGCACCCGUGUUCGCCUUCUCAUCGAGUCCGCUUCGUCAAAUCGCCAUCGAGCCCAACAAUUCAGCAAAUCGAUGUAUCUGGGUCUGACACAUUCGGGCAAGGCUCUCGGCCUGCCCAUCGCACAGGCCAUCCCCUACACAAGUGGUAUAAUUACGCAGUUAUUCAUAUCUCGGAACUUAUAAAGCGUCAACACGCCCCACUCUCGGAGCUUCUUGCAGUCCCUCCCACACACCGCCGCACGCCAUCUCGCGUAGGAAGUGACCGAGUGCUUGUCAUUGACUGCAUUACCAACUUAUCUGAGGUGCCUCAAUCUCCCACUAUUGAGAGACUCACCUCAAAAUAUAAUAUUGUUCAGCGUCGAGGCAGUUUCCCUGCUGCCGAACAGAUGCAUUUCGAGUCCAGAAAACGACAGUUUGGUUCAGACAUGGAAAUUCUGGUUCGUGCGCUCUGCGCUCAAAAAGGCUGGAACGCCAUCAUCAGCCGACGAAAACGAGGAUGUUUGGCUUGUGCUAUCCGCGAAGCCGGCGCAUUGCAAUGGAAGGUCAUUAUCCGGGUAGAGUGA